CCGGGCGCGUGCGCAGAUCACGUGGGUAGCGGACCUGCGACGGAGUCCGGGGCGGCGGCUGCGCGGACUGGCGGCGGGACGGGCUUCGGAGACCGCGCCGCUUGCUGCAGGUUGCCAUGGCUGCCGUUGACAGCUUCUACCUCUUGUACAGGGAAAUUGCCAGGUCUUGCAACUGCUAUAUGGAAGCACUGGCCUUGGUGGGAGCCUGGUACACAGCCAGAAAGAGCAUCACGGUCAUCUGUGACUUCUACAGCCUGGUCAGGCUGCACUUCAUCCCUCGCCUGGGGAGCAGGCCCGACCUCAUCAAGCAGUAUGGAAGAUGGGCUGUCGUCAGUGGGGCCACAGAUGGCAUUGGGAAGGCCUAUGCUGAGGAGUUAGCAAGCCAUGGACUCAACAUCAUCCUGAUGAGCCAUGAAGAAGAGAAGCUGCAGGCUGUGGCCAAGCACAUAGCUGACACCUACAGGGUGGAGACAGUUGUCAUGGUAGCAGACUUCAGCAGAGGCCGGGAGGUUUAUGCUCCAAUCCGAGAAGCCCUGAGAGACAGAGACAUUGGCAUCCUGGUGAAUGACGUGGGUGCAUUCUACCCCUACCCCCAGUAUUUCACCCAGAUUCCUGAGGACACGCUCUGGGACAUUGUGAAUGUGAACAUUGCGGCUGCAAGCUUGAUGGUCCACAUAGUGCUUCCGGGAAUGGUGGAGAGAAAGAAGGGUGCCAUCGUCACAGUGUCUUCUGGCUCCUGCUGCAAGCCCACACCACAGCUGGCUGCCAUUUCUGCAUCCAAGGCCUAUCUGGACCACUUCAGCCGAGCCCUGCAGUAUGAGUAUGCCUCUAAAGGGAUCUUCGUGCAGAGUCUGAUCCCCUUCUACGUGACCACCAGUGUGACGGCACCCGGCAGCUUCCUGCACAGAUGUCCGUGGCUGGCACCUUCGCCGAGAGUGUAUGCGCAGCAUGCGGUGUCAACCCUGGGCAUUUCGAAAAGGACCACGGGCUACUGGUCCCACUCUAUUCAGUUUCUUUUCGCACAGUAUAUGCCUGAGUGGCUCUGGGUGUGGGGAGCAAACCUUCUCAAUCGCUCCCUACGGAAAGAGGCCUUAUCCUGCCAAGCCUGAAUCUGGAAGCUCGGGAGAAGCUGGGCCAAGCCACAGUAACCUGCAGUAUUCCGGCAUUUGGAAAACACAUUUAGUUCACCUGCAUAUCGUCUCUUACUGAGUACCUAGUGUGUUGCCGUCUUUCACGAGGCCGACUUUCAGUCUGCGAGAAAACCUCAGGGACCACACAGGUGGCCCAGGGCACGUAGCCACGAAGCCUGAGAACAGAAGGGAAGGCUUCCCUAGCAGUUAGAAUGGCCAGCUCCUGUAAGGGAAAUCACUUGUUUUCCUCUUAUAGGUGAUUACACUAUUGGCUUUCAAACAUUCAUCACGCUGGGCGUGGUGGCUCAUGCCUUCAAUCCCAGCACUCGAGAGGUGGACACAGAUGGAUCUCUGAGUUUGUCUGGGUUAUGUAGUGAGUUUCAGGCUAGCCAGGGAUACAUAGUUAAAACCUAUCUCGAAAAAUAAUAGCGUUCAUCAGGAAGACAACAGAGAAGUGUUAUUUUCUAACUGUGAACUGUGAGUGCAGAUGGUGUUAGCAGUAGACAUGGGUGUCACACCACGUAGCUCCAUGUUGGGGCAUCUGUGUGUGCACACUGCCUUUCCCUAUGCUUCCCCCAGAACCAUGUGUGUGCUGUGCACUAUGUGUGUCUGAGCAAUGUUAUUAAUAUGACUUUAAUAGAGACUUUGUCAGGAUGAGGUAACGGGGAGCCUUACCAUAUUAAAGGUCUGGGUUACUCCUUUUCACUUGGUAAAAGCCUGCCCAACCCUGUCGUGGGCUUACCAUGUCUGACGCUGCUUCCUUUGAGUGGUUUUUGUCUUUCCAACUCCGUGGGAGGGGUUUCAUUCCUAGAUUGGGAUACAUAAUGGGCUAUCUUUUGAUUUCUAAGUUAAUUGUUGUGGCUAAGUAGUGAUUUCUCAAUGUGUCUAUGUUGUAACUGACCCCUUCAGAGCUGCUUAUAGCUGGUGUUCGUACACUUUUCUAUGUAAUCCAAUUUCUUCCCAGGAGCAUUGUUGAUAAAAUCAUCAAGUGUUUGUGGAAUAGUGGUGAAAAUAUGUGCAACUUUUGUGUGUGUUAUGAGGUAUUAUGGAAAUGAUGUUAGAAGCUCGUUUUUGGCCUGUGUAAUGAAUGUGUACAUUAUAGGGGAUGCUUUUAUUGGUGUGAAGAUAAUUUACACAAACCCCCACAAUAUGGGUGAGUGUUGACACUUACUGUGUUUAAUUCAGUCUUGUAAAAACCAAACACUUGUACGGGAUUCAUAGCCAGCACUUGGGAAUCCGUAAGUCAUGGCGUCGUGUGCAGAGUGGAGGAAUGCGGCACUUAACAUUGUGGCACUGAUACUGUGCCCAGGAAAUGAAAAUGGGUGGAAUGCUGGGACUUGUGUGGAAUUAUUUGAGGUGACAUUCCAGCCCCCGUAGGCGCAAGUGCACCUUUAUGUUGAACAGCUGUGACUGGGAUCCAGAAGAUCAGUGGUUAGAUUCUGAAGUUCUCCUGUCCUCAAUUAUGUCUUCAGAACAUGUGCAGAACUCUGCUUGGAGAUAGUGGCUGAAGAGCAUUGGCGGGGACUGCUGUCAUACUGACGAGAACUUUGGGGAAUACGUGAUAAGCAGCAGCAGCAGCUCCACUUGAAACGUCAUCAGGCGUGAUCCCCUGGGG